AUGAAAAUGGAGGACGGGGGCAAAGUCCCUGUUUUCCUCAAACAGGCCUCAAAUGUUGAAGUCUGGCAGGGAGAUGUAGCUAGGCUCUCUGUUACUGUUACUGGCAGCCCCACACCCAAAAUCCAGUGGUUUUUCAACAGUAUGAAGCUAACCCCAUCGAUGGACUGUAAGUUAGUGUUUGCUGGCAAUGACCACAGCCUCAUCCUCCCAUAUGCGGGUGUGCAGGAUGAGGGUGAGUACACGUGCGUGGCCAGCAAUGCAUACGGUGAGACCACAUGCAGUGCCCACCUCCACGUGCGGCAGCGGGUACAAGGAGUCCCUCGCUUUGCCAGGGAGCCAGACAGCGUGCGGUGUGCGCUGGGCUUCACUGCAGUCUUUGAGUACACUGUGGCUGGGGAGCCAUGCCCUGAUGUGCAGUGGUUCAAGGGGAAUAAGCAGCUCUUCUCUGAUGCACAUUGUUCUGUUGCUAACCACCCUGAUGGCUCAGGCUCCCUGACAGUGUGGAAGUGCAUGGAGGAGGACGCUGGGCUCUACACGUGCAGGGCGGUGAGCGCCCUGGGCGAGGCCACAUGCUCUGCUGAGCUCCUUGUACUGCCAGAGGAGCAUGCUGCGUGCAGGCAGAGCCCAGCCUUGCAACACUCUGCAGUGGCAGAGGACCAAAGCCCCCUCUCCUAUGAGGAGGCUGGUGAGCUUCCUGCCAUGGAAGGAGCACUCAGCCUUGAGGUCAUGAGGGAGCCCCUGACCCUCCUUCAGCUCCAGACGAGCCAGGCAGAGCACACACUGGCCAGGGAGGACAUCUUGCCUGCCCUGCCACCAGCCUGUCUGGCUGCACAGAGUGUUGAAGAGAUGCUUGCCCAGGUGGCCACAACACAAGAGAGCAGCAGGCUUCUGGCAGAGGCACUGCAAACCCUCCCUGCUGGCCCCCAGGGUGUGGUGCCUGCAGCAGUGAUGGAGACACGACUGCUGGGCUGCCUUGGGACUGUAGCUGCACAGAUGCUCUUGCCCAAGGAGCAAGUCAUCCCCAAGGCAGCACAGCAAAUGGCUGUUCUGAAGGCAGAGGCUUCCCCAGCGCUUCUACAGGUGUCAAGCACCACCGAGAGCCAUGCCAUAGAUGGUGACCACAUCCAGGUCCUUGAGGGCUUCCAGGCAAUGCAAGGUGAGCUGAAGGCUGAACCCCAAUUUCCCUCUGAACUGGCUUUCACUGAAGGCCAAGCUGUGCCCCUGGAGAACAUUUUUUCCCUGGAAGCAGCAGAGGCUGAUUUUGCUGCAAGAAUCCAUGAGGGACAGGCUGUGAGAUUUCCCUUGCUGCUAGAAGAAAACCAGCCCCUGGACGAGGAACAUGUCGUGGAUCUUGCCAGCCCACUUAGGCGGUGUCCAAGGGCAGAGAGACAACCCCAUGAAACAAUGUACACUCACCAGCUCCUGCCAAGCCAAGUCCUCAACAAAGAGAGCCAGCUCACUGCUGGGAUUCCCAGGAGCUUCAACUUAGACAUAAAGUCUCAAAUUAGAAAUGCACUGAAAGCUGCAGUGGUAAGCGAGCAAAACCUCUUGUUUUCAGAAUGGUUGGCUGAUAAAGAAAAUGUUGAAGUAAGGACAUUAAACAUCACCGAGGAACAUAAACAUACUCAAUGCACCUAUGUUGUGACCACAGGAGGACUCAGUCCCAUAGAAAUACCAGUCUCCUUGGGAGAAGUCAGCAUUCAGACAGCUGACCAGAAAAUGGUCUUGAAGGAGGCUUUCUAUUCUCUUAUUUGUGAAGAAAAACAUCUCUUGACAGAUGAAAAAUCCAAAGCAUUGCCAGUCGAUCCCAGUCCAUUUCUCUCAGGAAAAUCCUCUGAGCUGGAGCCCCAGCAGGCUGAGAGGACUACAGAGGCAGAAAUACCCCUGGAGCAGCCUUUGUCUGCACAAGUAAUGGACACUGUGAUGGGGCAUGGUCAAAUCAAGGAUGUGGGUGCAGCUGCAGCCACUGCUGAUGUAGCCUCUGCAGGUGUCCCCAUUGAGACACCCACAGAAAUACUGAAAAGGAAGGAGAAAAGGGAAGAAAUAUGUGAGGAAGAGGGCAGAGAGGGUCUGGAAACUAGAGCUGGGAAGCUAGAAGAUGAGCUGGGCAAAGAGAGUUAUCCCAUCAUACACAGCAAACUGGUGGACACUGUUGUGGAGGAAGGGGAGAGUGUCAGUCUGGUGUCUGCCAUAACAAAUGUCAGAGAGGUGAACUGGUACUUUGAGGGUAAACUGGUGUCUUCAGGCGACAAAUUCAAGUGUUUGCAAGAUCAGGACAUGUACACACUAGUAAUAAGCAAAGUGUGCACGGAGAUUCACCAAGGAGAGUACACCUGUGAGGCACUGAAUCAAAGUGGAAAAAGAGCAACAGCAGCAAAACUCACAGUUGUUAAAAGAGGUUGGAUUAUGGGCAUAAGAUACUGCCUUUCUAAUACACUGUUCUACUAA